AUGGAAAAUAAUACUACAAAUCAUAUUACAGAUACUUCUAGUGUAAAUUUGAAAACUACCAAUGAAAAAAUUCAACGAAAUUAUGCUGAAUUCAACCAAUCAUGGGGUAGAUUCAAUGACAUAAUUAAACAAGUAAAGCAAGAGUGUUUGGAAAGAGUGACAAACUUGGAACAUGAAAAUUCAGUUCUUCAGCAACGUUAUAAAGAACUUGAAGAACGAGUGUUACCUCUCACAACAUCAUUAAAUGAACAAGAAUACCUCAAAGAAUUCUUGAAAUUUUUAUGCACUUCUCAAAUCAAUGCUAAUGUGAACUUAACAGAAACACAAAAUGGUGAUUCUAAGAACUCAGAUGCAAUUGAACAACUUACCAGUCUUUUACUUUACACGAAUAUUACUCAGAAAGAUAUUCUAAUGAACUGUCAUCAAUUACAUCAGAGAGUAGCUCAACUAGAACAAAUCAAUUCUAUUUUAUGCUCCAUUAUUUGUGAUGGUGGAUUUAUUUCAUCGCUGGAUAAAAUUCGUAAAACAGAUCAUGGUAAUUCCUCUUUGAAUGAAACUCAGACAACAGGUGAAGAACAAUCAACUCCAGGGAAUACAAGAACACAUUUAAAACUAUCAGAUAUAUUCUGUAAAAUAAAUGAUUCAUUAAAAUCUUUUGGAAUAUCAAGUCACUCUGCAUCACAUUCCUAUUUUCAUGAUUCUAUAAAAGAAAAUCAUGAGUUGCAAAAAGCCUUUCUACCUGUACAUACUACUGAUAAUACUGAAAUGAAUACAAUAAAUGACUCUCACAACAAUAAUAUUAAUUUAUUUCAUUCCACGCUAAAUUCACUGAAUAAUUCCCCGACAAGACAAUCUACUAGUAGUAAUAACAACACUAUUAAUGUACAGAAUCUUUCACAUGAUUUUCACGGAUACACUUAUCCAACCAACUGUACAAUUCAAAAUACUGGUCUGUAUUUAAAUAAAGAUUUAACUGGAUCAUGUUCGAGUACAAUCACCAGUGGUCUUCAGUUGAACAAGAAUACACGAUCACAUAAUAUACAAGAGAAAAAUUCAAUUACAGGCGAAUGGACACGAUCCAAAUCUUUACCCGUACUAGUAACAAAUUCUCAACAAACAAAUACUGAGAAUGAAUCUUGUUUACGGACAAAUUCGCUGACACAACUUAUCCAUUUACCAGCCUUAUUCCCUAUCACCUCUUAUCCAAUUAAACGUGUCACUGAACAAAUGAUGCUACUGUCAGAGAAUUUAUUAAAGUCUGAAACAGAAUUUGAUAUUCUCAAGUCAUCGCAGCAUCUAAAUCUUCCAUGUGGAGGACAUUUAACCAAUGAUCUAAUUCCUAAUAAUACACAACAGAAUACAACAGUAUGGCUUGAUAAACCACUACCAAAAGGUUGGAUACAAUUACAAAAUCUACCGUAUAGUGGUGGACUACAACGUGAAACUAUCGGUACACAUAGUCAUAUGAUACUUGGAGCAAGAAGUUUACCAUUGUUGUUUAAUAAACCAAUUGAAAGCUGGAAAAAAGCAUCAACGACGACUAUUUCAUCGUCACCAUUAUCAUUAGCAUCAGGUGAAAAUUAUCGUAUGAAUUCACUUGAACGUGUACAUUCAUUUCGUAAUCUACACUCAAACGGAUUUCAUCAUUUGAAGACAAUUGUAGAAGUAGAUUCUGGACCACCGAGUUUUCAUGAAUUACUUUCACAAAGUGUUCAUUCUAAUCAUAAUGAUAAUCAUAUUAAUAAACAUGAAAGUCAGAAUCACAAUAAUAAUAAUAACAAUAAUAAUUCACCACAUGAUCCUGAAAAAGUUGACUCUACUGCAUCACCGAAUGUGUAUAUCUCACCAAAUCAUAGUAUAGAAUUUCUUCCAAAUUCAAGACAAAUAUUAUGUCGAGACCAAAAACUACGCUAUCACUAUCCACUUCGAUCUGCUGUGCUUGGUUCCAAUCCAGAGGCAUCAAAUCACUUCCAUAUACCUAAGAGUUAUGAUCUUGAAACUCAAACAAACUAUCAUGAUGCUUUUCGAAAACUACGAAAUGCACGUAAAAAUUUAAGAUUUGGUGUUUUCAGUGAUACAGAACUACUGACAGGGAAAUUUACAAUCACAUCAACGGAUGAUUCAGCUAUUGAUAGCGGUGAUGACGAUUUUCACAGUUCAGUUGAUUCAUUGCAUGUUAAAAGUUUUUUAACAAAAUCUGACGUGAAAACAACAACAUCGUGUUUGACAACCACUGCAGCACAAAAUAACUGUCAGAAUAAUCGUAUCAUUCCAUCUAUUUAUGCCAGUGGUAGUAAUUGUAAUUUAAAUUGUAGGUCAGAUAUACCACUAACAAAUGGUGAUAUAAAUGAAGUCAAGGGAGCAGAAGACAGUCAAUUUGCUCAUACGGAACAUGAGUUAAACACCUCGCAUGUACAGAAUCAAACAGAGUGUAACAACUCAUUGAAAAAUAUCCCCAAUGGAAAACAUGACAUCGAACAUGACAGAAAACAGAUUGUCAAUAUCAAGGAACCAUGUAACAUUCCAAAGUGUCAGAAAGAAUCUUCACAUCCUAAAACUACUGAAGACUGUCCACCAAGCACACAGUCUAACACUAGAGCUACUGUCCCACCACCUGUAGUAAUAUAUCGAAGAAGAUUUCAAAAGCUUGCUUCGAAAAGAAUAUCAAAGUUUUCAGGUCAACGAAAGUCUGAAAACUCUGUUACUGGUAAAAGUUUAGAAGAAAUCAAAUCACUGGGCAGUAAAGCAGAGAGUGCAGUACUGACUUCUACAACGGCUAGCAAUAGUAACACUAUUAGUAAUAGCGUCAACAAUACCACUACAACUAUUAACAAUCAUCCAAUUCUAACAGUGAAACAAACCCAGAUGAUUUCGCUAGGCGAUAACAAUCCAAACAAACAAAUACAAAGUACAAAGGAAAAUUUUCAAAUACCAGUAUCUCCUAUUUACUUGAAAGAAACAGAACAAAUUGAACAGUCCGGUAUCAAAAGUGUAUAUCAUAAUGACACUGUAGACAAACUGAACAAAACUACAAAUAAUAGUUCAAUUAAAACGCUUAAUAAGCCACAACAAAUUCCAAGCAGUAAAACACUGUCAUCAUCUUCGUGUUCCUCGUCCUCUUGUGGAUCAUCAUCUUCUACAACAUCUUCAUUACAACAGAAUACUAAAAUCAAACUGCCGCAAGUUGAUAUUCAUCAAAAUAGCACAGGUUUAAAACUGUCAUCAACAAAAUCUUCUAGUUCAACUGAUACUAAAGGGGGGAACACAGUGAAUAAGAGUUCAACGAAUGAACAGUCAAGUAUUAAAUCGCCUAAUCAUACAUAUUCACCUUUACCAACAAAGCCAAUAAGCGUCAAUAAGUCUACAGCAUCUAGUACACUAACGUCACCAGAGAUCCGACGAUUAAAAAAUACACCCAACAAUUCUAUAAAAUCUCCGAUUAGCACAACACCGAGCAGUUUGAAGAAUUCUAGACUAAGUGUUACUCGUUCACUUCACUCGCAUUCCUCUCCAGCAUCACCGAUUUCAAUUAACAAUAACUAUAACACGUCAAGAGUUGCAAAUAAUAGCAAAAAUAAUAAUACUAACAAUAGUGCUUCUUUUUUGUCAUCGGCUUUGCCAACAUUUGACGGCAAGCUUGGCCUAUCUGAAAAAAUGACUAAAAGUUCUAUUCCCUUAUCCUCGACUACUUCUCCAACUGUGUUGGAUUCAUCUUUGAAACGAUUGAAUAAAAUUAUUAAUAAACCGAAAGUAAGUUCUGAAAAAUUACAUCGUCGAAUAUCCUCUGUUAACGAAAUUACAGAAUGUGAUAAAAUCAUGCCUAACAAUAAUAAUAGUAAUAAUAAUAAUGCACCGCCUCCGAUUCCACCACGUACCACAUCCAGAUCACAUACAUAUCAAGGCAAAAUGGUUAUCUUAAAACCAAAAUGUCUUAGUGUCACUAACAGCCCGUACACAUUAAAUUCAGAAGAAACAUGGUUUCCAAAUAGUUUAACUAUGAAUUCAGCUAGUAGUAUGAAUACAAAGAAUUCUAUGAAUUUCAACACACUGAAAAUGCUGCAUACAAAUACCGCUACAACCCCGAGUGAAUUUUCCUCCUCGAAUGGGAUUAAAUAUAGUCAGAAUAAUCUACAGAAUGAAUCUUUCGAGGAUAUUUCGCCUAUUUCCCCACAAUGGAAACGGACAAGUCCAUCGAAAAUAGCUACAUAUGUUACUGCUCCGUAUAAACGUUCAUCAGAUGUAGAAAUUCUAAGGUCAGCAGUAACUUCACCAACGCUAUUGCCAGCAACAUUAUCAUCAACCCUAAUUCCAUAUGAUUCCAUUGCAUAUUCACCAAAGAAUAUUUUAAAUAAGGCCAAUGAAUCUAAUCGAAGCUCGUGUACACUGAAUUCAUUCGAUAAUCUAAAUGAUAUAAAUCAAGGCAGAGAUGAACAUGGCUUAAAUUAUUCUACAAAUUACUAUAACAACAGAACAGCAGAUAACAAGGACUUACGCAGUCACUUGAAUUCUACUACAACUAUUACAACAGCAAUGACACCAAUAAAAUCCAAUGGAUUGAAUGAAUUAGUCGUAUCACAUCAUCCUCAUCCUCACCAUCAUCAACAUCAGUAUAUUCCACAUCUACAGAGACAACCGCUCCACGCUAAUGAAUAUCAUCAGCAUAUUUAUCAACCGCCUUAUUCACAUCCAUCUCCAAUCCAGUAUCAUCACCAUCAUCCUCAUCCUCAUCCCCAUCCUCAUCCUCAAAACCAUCAUUCUCAACAGUAUCAACAUCAUUUCGAACAUAAUUUACGUCAUUACCCUGGUAAGGCUAACACUAGUAGUAGCAGUAAUACUAAUACUAAUAAUAAUAAUAACUUAUUAUCAGUAUUAAGUACAACAACACACGAGAAUCUUGUUUAUCCUAAACAGCAUACAUCACCAGUUUAUACAACAAGCAAAUUGCCAACAAAUGUACUACAAUAUGACCAAGAUAUCUAG